UUGCUUAUUUCCUUUGUACGUUUGCAUCUAUUGUAAGAAAUUUUCCUUUGUGACGUGGCUUGCUUGCUGCUUUGGCCUUGCAUCUUCGCAAUGAUGAGCGUGUUUUUAUUCCCUGUUGAACUUGCUGCAUUUAGAUGGGCAGGAGUAUGCAUAUAUCCCUCAUCUGGUUGUUUCCAUUUACUUUGUCUUUUGAUCUCCAUUCUCCCCCCUUCUCGACUUCUCCUCAAUCUACUCUUUUUACUUCUCUCUUCCGAUAUAUAUAUUCUGCGCAUUUGCGAUAAACCGAUCUGGCAGUUGAACCUACACCCACUCCACUUCCAAUCGUCGCCAUGUCUGGGACAGUGCGCUACAACGUACAUUCUUAUCAUCAUCAUCUAUUCAUCUUCAAAAAGCGCGGGGACUCACCUCUUCAAUUUCCUACACUACUAUCAACACCUUGCAGUCUUGCUACUAUUCUUAGGGAUCUUGUGUGUGUGUGUGUGUGUGUGUGUUCUUUCUACUAUACUGAGCGUUUUCGGAGUUAUUUUGAUCGGUUACACCCCCACCAUUUUGCUGUAUGUUUCCGUAUCUGAGUGAUUAGUAUUCAUUAUAUUUCUCUUCUUUUCUCUCCCUACUAUCUACUUGUCUACCAAACCUCUCCUUCAUUUUAUAAUUCUAUUUAUUAUACCUCCCAUCACAUUUCUUGUUUUCUUUUCUUCUCCCUUCAAUGCACAAUCUACAGACAGUCCCGUGGUCUUGUUACAUAGGGUUCAUUCCUACAAAUCAUCCAUAUUUGAUGUUAGGUGUAGUCCAGGAAUAAAAGCAGAGAUGAAUGUGCAAGAAGAGAAAGG